AUGAACGAGCAACACAUUGUAGAUUUCUUUGCUUGCAAUACCUCGCAUUGGAAUAUCACUCUCUCGAACAAGGCUGUCGCUAUGAGGGACCAAUUAACCCUGAUCGUGCUUAUUCUUGCCAUUUUAUUUCGACACACAUCCGCCUUUUAUGAUAAAGAUGGACCCGUUAUCGUCUUGAAUGAAAAGAAUUUCAAAGACGAGGUUAUAUCGACCGAGAAACUGGUAUUGGUAGAGUUUUAUGCCCCGUGGUGUCCACAUUGCCAAAGGCUCACUCAAGAUUAUAAAAAGGCAGCAGAUAACUUGAAGGGUCUUGUAAAAGUUGGUGCCGUUGAUUGUGAUGAAGAUGCCAAUCGUGGUUUAUGCCAAGCGUUUGAAGUUAAAGGAUAUCCUACUAUAAAGCUUUUUCCAAGCAAUCGUGUACCUGACAAACGGAACCCUGGCGCGUACACUAAAAAACCAAAAUCGUAUAAUGGCGAGAGGACUGCUAAGGCAUUCGUCGACUAUGUGCUGGCUGAAUUACCAUCAUAUGUCCAGCCGAUAUCAAACAAGCAUCCGACAAAGAAGUCGCUUACCAUUGAUGAGGUUUUGGAAAAAGAUAAUUUGACUGUUUCGAAAGUUAUAUUGUUUACCAACAAAGAUCGUACGACACCUUUGUACAAAGUCCUGUCAGCCGAUUAUCGCGACGGCUUGUUUGGCGAGGUCAGACAAAAGGAAACCGAGAUUGCCCUAAGAUUCAACGUAACCACGUUUCCAACGCUGUUAGUUAUUCCAAAAGGUGAAACCGAACCUAUCAAGUAUGAAGGCAAAUACAAUCACGAAUCUUUGUCCAAUUUCCUGAACAAAUAUGUAUCGACUGGCGGGAAGCCAGGAGAAACCAAGAGCGAGAAAAAGUCAACGACAACAUCAUCUUCAAAGCCCGAACCAUUUUAUCCAAAAAUUGAUGAGAUAAAAACAGAAGACGAUUUGACAAAGUAUUGUCUCUCUCAUAAUACUGGUAUCUGUGUCUUUACAUUCCUUCCGCUCGAGCCAGAAUAUCCAGAGUCAGUCGCAGAAUUCUCAAAUGCCAAAGAGAUCCUAUCCAAAGUAAACGAGAACCUUUACAACUUAUUAAAGAAUCAAGUGCCAUUGAGAUUCAUAUGGUUCAAUGCACUGGCAGAUGAGUCGAAAAAACUUAUCAAAGACUUCAAGCUAGCGGAUGUUUUCCCCGUUUUAAUGGCUUACAGUCCUCACAAGAAGAUAUACAGUCCAUAUUUAGGACCAUUUGAUAACGAGGGGAUAGAGAAGUUUUUAAAAGAUGUUUUAAAUGGAAAAGGAAAUAGUUACAAAAUUGGAUUUGAAGUGUCUUUUGCGCGGGAGCCGAACAAGAAAAAUGAUGUUAGUGGUAGUGAAAAGAAGAGUGAUAAAGAAACUGAUAAAAAUAAAGAACGACAACAUGAAGAACUCUGA